AUGAAAUAAUUUUUUCUUCAAAAUUUAAAAAGUUAAAAUUAACUUGGCGAUGAACGUGCAUCAGACUUAUAUUCUGCUUUAGCAAAUUGUAUUAAUCUCUCAAACUUGACACUUAUACUUUAUGAAAAUUAAAUUGGUGAUGAAGGUGCAUCAGGCUUAGGUUCUGCUUUAGCAAAUUGCAUUAAGCUCUCAAAUUUGACACUUGACCUUAGUUACAAUAAAAUUGGUAAUGAAGGUGCCUCAGGCUUAGGUUCUGCUUUAACAAAUUGUAUUAAUCUCUCAAAUUUGACACUUUACCUGAGUAACAAUUAAAUUGGUGUAAUGGGUGCAUCAGGCUUAGGUUCUGCUUUAGCAAAUUGCAUUAAUCUAUCAAAUUUGGCACUUUGCCUUAUUAACAAUUAAAUUGGUGUAAUGGGUGCAUCAGGCUUAGGUUCUGCUUUAGCAAAUUGCAUUAAUCUCUCAAAUUUGACACUUUACCUUAUUAAAAAUUAAAUUGGUGAUGAAGGUGCAUCAGGCUUAGGCUCUGCUUUAGCAAAUUGCAUUAAUCUCUCAAAUUUGAAACUUCAGCUUAAUUACAAUUAAAUUGGUGUAAUGGGUUCAUCAGGCUUAUGUUCUGCUUUAGCAAAUUGCAUUAAUCUCUCAAAUUUGAAACUUAUCCUUGGUUACAAUUAAAUUGGUGUAAUGGGUGCAUCAGGCUUAUGUUCUGCUUUAGCAAAUUGCAUUAAUCUCUCAAAUUUGACACUUAAUCUUAGUAACAAUUAAAUUGGUGUAAUGGGCGCAUCAGGCUUAGGUUCUGCGUUAGCAAAUUGCAUUAAACUCUAAAAUUUGACACUUAACCUUAGUAACAAUUAAAUUGGUGAUGAAGGUGCAUCAGGCUUAGGUUCUGCUUUAGCAAAUUGCAUUUAAAUCUUAAAUUUGACACUUAAUCUUAGCUCGUUUUUCUUUUUCUUUUUAUUGUGCUUUCUUUUUUUUUAACAAUUAAAUUGGUGUACAUACAUACAUACAUACUCGCACAUGGUUACAUGCACUCGGGAUAGGGCCCUAUAUAUAAUUACUUAUACAUUAUUAUUAUACGUAUACCAAUUUAUUUAUAUAUAAUUGUGGGUAAUAUACUAGAAGGGAAGGGUCACCUACACCCUAAUGGCAUUUCUACUAAUCUUCCAUGAUUUGACUACGCAUUAUGCUCGCUUCCCAUUUGUAUUCCAGAUCUUCUGUUCAGAAUGGGGCCUCCUCUUUACCACCUAUCAGAUUUGGCCCUUCCCUCCUACCAAGGAGACCGCUGGUAACAUUCACAUUUUUUACAUGGAAUUUUUCGAAAUAAAGGGGGCGGUAUAGGAUUCGAACCCCCGAUAUCACUGCUAAGACCCUCCGACUCGCCCACUCGAGUCGCUUAGCCCUUCUUAAAUUGGUGUAAUGGGUGCAUCAGGCUUAGGUUCUGCUUUAGCAAAUUGCAUUAAUCUCUCAAAUUUGACACUUAAUCUUAGGUAAAAACAGUUUAUUUGUUUUGGAUUUUGA